AUGGCACUUAAAGGUUCUUGCCGCCAUCCGCUGUAUAACCUUAUUGAUAACCUUGAUCAUGAUCUUCCCACGAGCACCGGACAGUUGUUAUUUGGUUCCAUCUUUGGGUUUGUUGCUUACGAGGGAGACUACUGUAAUAGACUUGAUUAUUGCCUCAUGGAUCCUUUUGAUGAUGUUCUACCAGUGGCUCCUGCUGCACAAUCUCGGCCAGGUGCCAAGUUUGUUCCAAAGGCCAAAUUGAAACAACUGCCUCGAAAGGAAAUACCGACAUCAGAACACGCAACUUUAUCGAAAGAUGGAUUUUCUGGGAAUGAAUGUCAAAAUGCAGUUGCUUCAAUUGUAAGUAUGCUAGCAGAAGAAUCUAUGGGAUCCAUUCAUCAUACACAGGUAGAAAUUCCAAAUUAUCAUGAAACGGGAAAUGCUAAACAAGUUGGUGUGAAAGGAGAUAGUGCAGUCACAGUGGAUGAUUCUGCAACCACUGUGUCUGAAGUUGAUGCUGAUCAGAAUUCUACAAGCUUUUUAAAAUCAGCUUAUGGGGCAGAACCAGUAGAUUUUGAGGUGGGCUCAGUAACUAACUUCGAUCCUGAGACCAAUGUCAAUAAUGGCACCGCACAACCAGUUCACCCUGAUAAUGCCCUAGAUAGGAUGAAAGAACCCCCUAAAAAUGGGGAAGGUUCGUUUUUUGACAGCAACAAAGGUUUGGAGCUUAUUGAUAAUUCAUUGCGAGUUAGUACGGAUUUGGGCUUCAAAAGUGUUUCGGAUAAUAAAGCUGCCGAAUUUGAAUUGGAUCCUUUUAGCAACAUCCUCCCUGAUCCUGGCGCUAGGAAUGCUCAUAAAUUUCAGCCCAAGAUUAAGCCACGACCUAGAGCAUGCAAUACGCCAGCAAUUGCUUCUGCUUCAUCUAAUGUUAUGACAGAAAAAUCUGUUGAGUUGCCUACUUCUUGCAAGAAUGACUUUCAAUCUUUUCAGUCUAGUGGUGAUGGAAGUGGUGGACUAAACCAAUCAACUAGUUUACCUUUACCGGCCUCAGAGAUUCUUUAAACAACUGAUUUAUCCAAUAAGUUUGAUUAUAUGAGCUCAAGCAUUCCAUUCUCUGAAGACAACAAGAGCUUGGAAUCUGCAAUUCCAUCCCAACUGGAUUCCCUAAAUGCUA